AUGGACAGCCUGCCCGACCACAUCGUGACCAAGAUCCUCAAGUUCACCGACAGCGAUGAGGCCAUCGCAGCGUGGGCGGCCACAUCGCGAAAGAAUCGCGAUCUGGCCUGGCGGUGCAUCUACGAAAUCAUGUUUGUCGUUCUCGCCUAUCGCGAUCAGCACAUCCGCGUGCUCGCGGUGUUUGUCGAGGAGGCCGCCGCGGUGGCUUACGCUGGAAAACUGUGCGAGGGCGACGAUUAUGCGGACGCCGCCGAUUACGUGUGGGCCGCGGACGCCAUCUUUGACGGACACAGCGAAGAGCUCAACCGAUGCGUCGCCGUGCAAAAGGCACCUCAUACCAAGUAG